AUAAUUCACGUAGCCAUUGCGUAGAUUUCUUUGCGUGAAAGCUUUAGGACGAGAUACGUGCGUCUGCCAGCUGCUGGAAAGUUCAAGAUGGUGAAAAUUGGUUUGCAGUUCAAAGCUAUGUUAGAAAACAUCACAAAUGUCCGGCCAUUUGGGGAUGAUUUUCGCUGGUUCCUGAAGCUGAAGUGUGGAAACUGUGGCGAGGUUUCUGACAAAUGGCAGUACAUCACAUUGAUGGACAGCGUGCCUUUGAAGGGAGGGAGAGGGAGUGCCAGCAUGGUGCAGAAGUGCAAGCUGUGCUCCAGAGAGAAUUCGAUCGAUAUCCUGAAGGACACCAUGAAACCUUACCAUGCUGAGGACAGCGAGAGGUUUAAGACCAUCGUGCAGUUUGAAUGCAGGGGGCUGGAGCCUGUGGAUUUCCAGCCCCAGGCUGGCUUUGCUGCAGAGGGAGCCGAGACAGGAACACCAUUCACAGAAAUUAACCUACAGGAAGGAGACUGGAACGACUAUGACGAGAAAGCCAAAGAGUCAGUGGGAAUCUACGAAGUCGCUCACCAGUUUAUCAAAUGCUGAAGUGUCUUCACGCUAACAGGCCUUCGCAUCGCCAGACCAGCUGGAUAUUUUAGUUACCCACAACUGAGGGGAUAUGAGGCAGUAUCAGACCCUUCAUUGUAUAGACUGCCAUCUUAAUACAGCAUGUGGGGGGUCAGUUACACCACAGGUGAACUGCUCACCUGUAUUCUGUUCAGGUGGACGCUUCACCAGGGCAAAGAUAUUUCAUGGAGAGAACACUUGUGGAAGCUGCAGCCUAAAUAAAAGAUUUCAUUUUUGCUCAAUGAA